AUGACGGGCGAUGGUGUCAAUGACGCGCCAGCCCUGAAACAGGCCGACAUCGGCAUCGCAAUGGGCAUAGCAGGUACGGAGGUAGCCAAGGAAGCGUCCGACAUGGUUCUGGCAGAUGACAACUUCACCAGCAUCGUGGCAGCCGUCGAGGAGGGCCGCUCGAUCUACAACAACAUGAAGGCCUUUAUCCGGUACAUGAUUUCCUCCAACGUUGGAGAGGUGGCAGCAAUUUUCAUUACUGCGGCUCUGGGAGUGCCCGAGGGCCUCACACCUGUUCAGCUCCUGUGGGUCAACCUGGUCACUGAUGGCCCUCCGGCCACCGCACUGGGCUUCAACCCACCUGACCUGGACGUGAUGAAGAAGGCGCCCAGAAGGAAAGACGACGCUCUGAUCUCCGUGUGGUCCUACGUCCGCUACUUUGUGGUUGGAGCGUACGUCGGCUGCGCAGUUGUCGGCAUCUUCAUGUACUGGUUCAUCUUGGAUGUGAAUCCAGAUGGUCACAGCUUGGUCAACUUAGAACAGCUGCUGACAUGGGGUAACUGCCAGCAAUGGAAGGACUUUAGAGUAAACGACUGGAACGGUAUGAGCUUCUCUAGCGAUCCAUGCUCGUACUUCACAGAGGGCAAAGUCAAGGCUUCGACGCUGUCCUUGACAGUUUUGGUUGUCAUUGAAAUGCUCAACGCCUUCAAUGCCUUGUCGGAGGACGGCUCACUGGUGCAGAUGCCGCCCUGGGCCAAUCCCUACCUCAUCGUGGCUGCCAGCAUAUCCAUUGGUUGCCACUUCGUCAUCCUUUAUGUUCCUGGGCUUGCCACCAUUUUUGGCGUCGUGCCUCUGACGCUGCACGAUUGGUUGCUGGUGUUGGCUUUCUCAUUCCCCGUCAUUCUUAUUGACGAGAUUCUCAAAUUCAUUGGCAGAAGCACUUCGCAGGCAGCCCUCCGAGAGAAAGACAAGGACGCCUAA